AUGGAGAGUUCAUCGGCAGGGCAGACUCCGUACAUAUCAUCACCGGUGGGGCAGACUCCGAGGAAGAAAAUGACGAAGCAGCUGACGGGUAAGCGCGACGACUCGGCGCUUCACUCGGCCGCGCGAGCGGGGAAUGUGAUGGCAAUACAAGAUAUGAUCGAGGACGUUGCCGAGGAAGAUCUGAUUGAGGUUUUAUCCAAGGAGAAUUGGGCGGGCGAGACGGCCUUGUACGUGGCCGCUGAGUACGGCUAUCACGAGCUGGUGAGGGAGUUGAUUCAGUUCUACGAUCUGGCCGCGGCCGGAAUCAAGGCCAAGAACGGUUUCGACGCCCUCCAUAUUGCCGCCAAACAGGGCGAUUUAGAGGUUGUGAAGGUGCUCAUGGAGGCGUAUCCGGAGCUGUCUAUGACGGUCGACAUAGCCAACACGACAGCGCUGCACACCGCGGCCACGCAGGGCCGGAUUGAGGUGGUCAAUUAUUUCUUGGAAUCGGAGUGCAGCCUCGCUACUAUAGCUAAGAGUAAUGGGAAAACGGCAUUGCACUCUGCGGCUAGAAACGGGCACGUUCAAGUUGUCGAGGCCCUUCUGAGUAAGGAGCCCAGGAUCACCACACGCACGGAUAAGAAGGGCCAAACAGCGCUCCACAUGGCUGCCAAGGGCCAAAACCUAGACGUCGUGGCGUUUCUCAUCAGGGCCGACGCCUCCACCAUUAACAUGGUUGAUAGUAAGGGCAAUACGCCCCUGCACAUCGCUGCACGCAAGGGCAGGGACCAGAUCGUCAACUUUUUGCUGAGCCAUAAGGAGACGGACACGAGAGUGGUGAACCGGUCCAACGAGACAGCGCUGGAUGCAGCAGAGAAGAAGGAGAUCACGUCACUGCUGCAGGGACAUGGGGUGCUAAGUGCGCGGGCCAUAAACCCACAGGCGUCAGAGCUGAAGAAGACAGUGAGCGACAUAAAGCACGAGGUGCACAACCAGCUAGAGCACACAAGGCAGACGCGGAAGCGCGUGCAGGGAAUCGCGAAACGCCUCAACAAGAUGCACGUAGAGGGGCUGAACAACGCAAUCAACUCAACAACGGUGGUGGCCGUGCUGAUCGCCACAGUGGCGUUCGCGGCCAUCUUCACGGUGCCAGGGCAGUACGUGGACGACCCGAACGACAUCCCGCCAGGGCUUUCUCUCGGGGAGGCCAACAUUGCGCCCAGGGUGGCAUUCCUGGUGUUCUUCGUGGUCGACUCGAUCGCGCUGUUCAUAUCAUUGGCGGUGGUGGUGGUGCAGACGUCGGUGGUGGUGAUAGAGAGCAGGGCAAAGAAGCAGAUGAUGGCGAUCAUAAACAAGCUCAUGUGGGUGGCGUGCGUGAUGGUGUCGGUGGCGUACUUGGCACUGUCGUUCGUGGUGGUCGGGGACAGGGAGAGAUGGCUCGCGGUGUUGGUGACAAUAGUCGGGACGACGAUCAUGGCCACGACGUUGGGGACAAUGUGUUUUUGGGUGGUGAUGCAUAGGAUUGAGAGCAAGAACAAAAGGAUGGUUAGAAAAAUGGCUCUAGCAAGCAGGUCCAGAUCGGGAACUCUCUCCGUGCUGCCCUCCGAUGGAGAGGUUGCCGAUGCAGAAUUCGAUAAAAUGUAUGCAAUUUGA